CACAGCCGUCCAUCACUUUGAACCCGAAUCAUGAAGCGCAAGAACACCGUCGGAUUGCCGCCGGGUUCUAAUAAGAGGAAGGUUAACGUGGCAUCAGAACGGUUCAAAUCUCGAGACCUCUCGCUCGCUCCCCCUUCGACCAAGUCCUCGUUGCUCGUUCUUCCCUCCGACGCAAGGAUUCCUUCUCCUUGGAUCGCGAACUCGCUUUGCAGUUCCCGGAUUGGAAAGGGAAAGCGAUGCCUAUCUUGUAGCCGGUGGAGAUCUUUACUCGUGGAGCGCCUCAUAGGGGCGGCUUCCCUGAUCUGGUAGCUCGGUGGGAUUCGCUGUCGGCGUGGCCCGAGAUUGGGGGGUACAAGUGAGGAGAUGGGGGCGUCCUUCCGAAACUUGGCGUUUUGGGUGGUGGUCCUGGGCUUCUUCUUGGCGUCCGCUGCUGCUUCUGAUCCGGACGAUUUCCGCCGAGCGUUUCCCAUUGUGGAGCCAGAUUCUGAACAUACUAAAAUCCGUCUUGCAAGAGAGGGUUUGGAGGCAAUCCAAAGAAUUACAAACCCUAUAGCUGUUGUUGCUGUUAUUGGACCAUAUCGCUCAGGCAAAUCCUUUCUUCUCAACCAACUUCUCUCCCUUUCAUGCGACGAAGGUUUUGGGGUUGGACAUAUGCGUGAUACUAAAACCAAAGGAAUGUGGGUUUGGGGUACACCAGUGGACUUAGAUGUUGAUGGAACAAAAGUAUCUAUCUUGUACCUUGAUACAGAAGGAUUUGAAAGUGUUGGAAAAUCAAAUGUAUACGAUGAUAGGAUAUUUGCUCUGGCUACAGUUAUGAGCUCUGUGCUCAUUUAUAAUCUCCCUGAGACGAUUCGUGAGGCUGAUAUAUCUCGGCUAUCAUUUGCUGUUGAAAUUGCAGAAGAGUUUUAUGGAAGGGUAAAGGGGCAAGAUGUUGCAUUUGAGCCUGCUAAGCUCUUGUGGCUUAUCCAACGGGAUUUCCUGCAAGGAAAGUCUGUUCAAGAAAUGGUGAAUGAAGCCCUUCGGCGGGUACCUAACAAUAAUGGAGACAGAAACAUUGAUCAGGUUAACCAAAUUCGAGACUCCUUGGCAAUAAUGGGUGACAAUAGUACUGCCUUUAGCUUACCACAGCCUCAUCUUCAAAGGACAAAACUUUGUGACAUGAAGGACAGUGAGCUGGAUCAAUUGUAUGUGGAAAAGAGGGAGCAGUUGAAACAACUUGUUGCAACCAUCAUACGUCCAAAAAUUAUCCAGGGAAAACCUCUAAACGGAAAUGAGUUUGUAGCUUUCCUAGAGCAGAUUCUUGAAGCCUUAAAUAAAGGAGAGAUUCCAUCCACAGGUUCUAUCGUUGAAGUAUUCAAUAAGGUGAUUCUUGAGCGUUGCUUGAAAUUAUACAGUCAACGGAUGGACAUUAUGCGGCUACCAAUACAAGAAAACAGGCUGCAAGAAGUUCAUGAAGAAUCAAAGGCUGAAGCAAAAAAGUUGUUUGAUCGGCAGCGUUUUGGUCGGCAUCAUGCUGAACAAUCUAUUGUGAAACUUGAUGAUGAAAUACAAAAGGUUUACAGAACGUUUCUCCUGGAAAAUGAAUAUCAGUCAUCAAAAUUAUGUGAAGCCAAAUACACAGAGUGUGAGGAUAAAAUGGAUCACCUUCAAGUCAUGAGACUUCCUUCCAUGGCAAAAUUCAAUGCUGGUUUUCUUCAGUGCAAUGAAACUUUUGAAAGACAAUGUGUUGGGCCUUUGAAAGAAUUAUAUAAACAGAAGAUGAUGAAGAUGCUUGGGAAAUCCCGAUCACUUUUCAUCAAGGACUACAAUGAUAGACUCUCAAAUUGGUUGGUGAUUUUCUCACUUACUGUGGCUAUGGUGGGCCGGUUUAUCAUCAAGUUUUUUUUGUUGGAGAUUGCUGGCUGGGCAAUGUUUAUUUUCUUAGAAACAUAUACAAGAAUGUUCUGGUCAUCGGAAUCAAUGUACUAUAAUCCUUCUUGGCAUGUAAUCGUAUCUACAUGGGAGACUAUAGUUUACAGCCCUUUUCUUGAUUUGGACAGAUGGGCAAUUCCAAUUGGUAUAUUGCUGUUGGUCCUGCUCCUGUAUUGGCGGUGUUGUGGUAGUAGGAAGCCUGGAUCUCAUUGGCUCUUGCCACUGUACAAUAACCGCCAUAGAGAUGGUGACAGUCGUCCAAGAUCAGAUUAAAUGAAGACUGAGUCCCCAUGAUGCUCAACUGCUCGGCCUUCUUAACCUAGUGAAUCUGUGUCACAUUCACAGUAGACAGGCUUUCUUUUGGUGAGCCUGGCCUCACAUCAUUUCUGGCAUGCAGAAGAAGGUGGCAGGUGAAAAGCUUCAAAGCAUUCAGUUACUCAAUUUGCAGGUCACUUGACAGAUGAAUGUUUACUGUAUAUUCACCAUUUUCGUGCUACCCUGUAUCCAAAUUCUAUCAUCUUUCUCAUUGUUAUUUUCAUUAUCUGGAACCCUGAAUCAUUUGACAUUUGGACUAAGAAAACUAGCUAAAUCAUUCGGUGGCUGCCCAAUCGAUGGCUGCCUGGGAAGUCCACAGCAACUGUCAAAACUGUCGAAGCUCUUCUUUCGGCAUAUAUCUGUAUCUGAUUUCAGUUAGAGGUUCAAUCUGUAUGGAAACAACUCUAAUUGUUCGACUUUCUUUGUGGAAAUGUGAACCCAUGCCAAAGUGUACAUUGGUGAAUGCAGUUCUAA